AUGAACGCACACGCCGUGGCUCCGAUCGCUGCCGACACGAGCUUGGACCCGCCCGUGCCACCGUUUUGUCUGCAACGCUACAUCAAGCCGCUCGACGACAAGCGAUACAUCGUGUCGUACUCGCUGCCGAUCGUGAGCAACGACGGCAAGACCGCGAGUCCCAGCAUGUGCGAGGCCUUCUUGGCGCAGUAUUCCAAGCGCUACAACCUCGCCAAGGGCUGUCAUGUGAUGCCCGAACGUGGAGCGUCGGGCCACGACCAGCGACGCCAUCUCUUCAACAACCCGGAAGCGUCGUUUAACUUUCACGUGUCCUUGGGCACAGCAGAAGCCAAGAUCGUGUCGCCGAUCAUGCGCAUGAAACACAUCACAACGUCGCUCGCCAGCGCCAUCAACAGCCGAAAAGGUGCGGGGGCUCAGCGGAUCCAAGGCCUCGUGUGCGAGUUUAUCAUUGGUGCCAGUGACGACGAGAUCUACUUUACAGCGAUCCUCGGCGUGUCGUGGCAAGACCAGCCUCAGCCGUCCUGGGAUGCACUGCGCCACAUUGACCCCGAGUCCAAGAUGAUUUGGCAGUACCACCGCGAUCGUGCCCGGCGACAUGCGCCAAGCCCAAGGACGACGCCGCGCGAGCUUAAAGACAAGAACGCACCGCCGAGUCCCCAGCUUCAAAACCCACGCUUUCCGUCCUUGGCCAAUGGGCAUGUCGCGCUCGGCAGCAAUUCGUGGACACGGAGCCUCGUUAGCGCCGACCAGUCCCCGCGCUACACGAACGCGUCCCCGUCCAAGUUUUUCCGUGACGGUCGGUUUGUCACCAAGCUCUCGGCCCUGCAAUGCGAGACCGCUUGCCGCCUGCAUCUUCCUACGCACCGAGCGUGUCGCCCCGCCCUGCUCGUGGAUUUAGCACGUCAGGUCGAAGAUUACCGCGAAGAGCUCGUCGACGAAAAGGAAAAGUGCCUUGUCGCGGAAGACGCGGCGCAUCGCUCGUCCGAGCAAACCAAAGCCGCCUUGGCGACCAAGGACGCGAUGGAGAAAAUGCUGGCCGACAUGCGCUGUCUAGAAGAACGCGACACGGAGCAAGCGGCGCGGUUGUGCAUGGCCUCGGAGGAGCGCGAGACGCGGGCCAUGGCCAUCAUCAAAAAACAAGCGCAAGCGAUCGAGGUGCUCGUCGCCCGCAACACGGCCGAGGACAUUUCUUUGCGGCGCGAGCUGGAAAACUGCAACGAACAGCUCAAGCAAUUGCACCAUACGGAAGUGCUGCACCUCGAUGCGCUCGCUCAAAAAGCGAGAUCAUUGCGACGCUGUCGGCCGAUAGAGAAAAGGCGCGCCAACAAGCUAUUGUGGAUGUCAUGCAGCGCGAAGGCGCUCAAAGCCAUAUCCACACGCUACGCGCACAGAUCUCGCUGCUCAAGCGCGACAAGGAAGUGCUGCGAAAGGAAGCCAACAAGUAUCUCACGGAGCGCGACGAGCUGCUACGCGUCUUGCCGAUCGUCACGUCCCUCAACGACAAGCGGUCCGUCAAGUCACUCAGGAUGAACGUGAUGGACCUCGUCGGGCUGGACAAUACCAAGGAGCUCAACAUGCUGCAGCUCACGGCGACGAGCCAUGGUCGCGUGCUCAAGAGCGUCUACAAGCACCUGGCACCAGGAAAAAGCCUCGCGCUGCCCGUGUUUCUCACGUUUGCAGGCGACUGCAAUUUUAUGACUCAACUACUGACACGCGACGACCUGCUGCACAUGAUACAAAAGUGCUGUUUUGCCAAAGACAAGGACGCGGUGACAAGCUUGUCGUACGCGCAGUUUUGCGAGUGUCUCGUGCGGAUCGCGAACGUCCGGUACCUCACCGAGCUGCCGCAGAUCACCAAGCGGUUUGCCCACCUCGUGGAGAAGGACUUGCUUCCGUUCGCGCGGUCUGUGAUCCCGUCCAUGAUGAAGUCGGAACUGCUGUAA